GCCGUCGACAUCUCGAUUAUCCAAUGACUGUACGCUUAACUGCAAUGAAGAAGUAAAGGAUUCAAGAUGGCACAGAGUCUGUACACGCUGUUCGAGCAUGCCUCGGGGUAUGGUCUGUUCCGUGUACGGGAAUUCGAGGAAGUGGCGAUGUUGCAACCGCAAGUGGAGCAAAGUGUGACCGAUCUGAGCAAAUUCAACUCUAUCAUAAAACUUGUGGCCUUCUCCCCAUUCAAAAGUGGAACCAAUGCUCUUGACAACAUAAACAGCAUCUCUGAAGGGCUGCUGCACGAGGACCUACGUCUGUUCCUGGAGACAAAUGUUCCGAAAGCUGGCAAGAAGGAGAAGAUAACUGUUGGUGUUGGUGAUGCCAAGAUUGGUGCUGCCAUUUCAGAGGAACUAAGCAUUUCUUGUUCACAUAUUGGUGUGGUGCCUGAAAUCAUCAGAGGGAUACGUGUCCACUUUCCCAGCCUUGUCAAAGGUUUGACUGACAAGUCUGCAUCCAAAGCUCAGCUCGGCCUUGGGCACAGCUACUCCAGGGCCAAGGUCAAGUUCAACGUGAACCGUGUGGAUAACAUGAUUAUACAGAGCAUUAGUCUCCUCGACCAGCUGGAUAAAGAUAUCAACACCUUCUCCAUGAGGAUCAAAGAAUGGUACUCGUACCACUUCCCAGAGCUGGUGAAGGUCGUACCUGACAACUACACAUAUGCCAAAGUCGUAAAGUUUAUCCAGAGUCGCAAAGAUUUGACAGAAGAGAAGAGUGAGGACCUGGAAGAGAUUGUCAUGGAUGCUGGGAAGGUCAAGGCCAUAUUUGAUGCAGCAAGGUCAUCCAUGGGAAUGGACAUCUCCCCCAUUGAUCUAAUGAACAUCUGCAUGUUUGCAACACGAGUAAUUGGAUUGACAGAAUACAGAAAACAACUCUCGGAGUACCUGAAGACUAAAAUGAGCUCUGUGGCACCAAAUCUUGCCACUCUCAUCGGUGAACAGGUUGGUGCCCGUCUGAUCGCCCACUCUGGCAGUCUGACGAACCUGGCCAAGUACCCUGCUUCCACUGUGCAGAUCCUGGGAGCAGAGAAGGCGCUCUUCAGAGCUUUGAAGACUCGAGGAAACACUCCAAAGUACGGACUUAUCUUUCACUCCACCUUCAUUGGUCGAGCUGGCUCAAAGAACAAGGGCAGAAUAUCUCGCUACCUGGCCAACAAGUGUUCCAUUGCUUCCAGGAUUGACUGUUUCUCUGAAUACCCAACAACUGUGUUUGGGGAGCAUCUACGGCAGCAGGUGGAGGACAGGCUGACCUUCUAUGAGAGCGGCACAACGCCAGCCAAGAAUGUGGAUGUUAUGAAGCAAGCUGUGGAGGAGGCUGUGGUUGUUCAGGCCAAGCUGGCAAAGAAGGAGAAGAAGAAGAGGAAGAAGGAAAAGAGGAAGCUAGAAGAGUCUAUUGGUGCCAACACAACUGGAGAUCUUGACACUACACAAGAGGAUGAGCAGAUCCCCAAGAAGAAGAAGAAGAAAAAGAAGAAUGCUGAUGAAAGCAUGGAGGUUGAGGAGGAGGAAGAAGUUGAGGAGCAGACGCCCAAGAAGAAAAAGAAGAAGAAGAAGAAGGAUUAAUAAAAUAACUUCCAUCAAUUCAUUUCAGAAAACAUGAAAUUCAUGUCAAAAUGCACAAACAUUGCAGUUUGAAUAACUUAUGAAUGAUUUAUUUCCAAACACUUUUCAUAAAAAUUGUGAGACUUGUACUUCUUUCAGUAAGGCAAUUUGGGGCGAUUCCUCUUCAAACAAUUUCACUGGCAUCUGCUGUUUAUUGGAUGCCUGCUAUAAGCUUUGUUUUGAAAUUUUGUUUGAGUCACUCAUUUUUCACCAGAGGUGAUUAAGACAAUUAAGACAGAGUUUGUAUAUUUGUUAACCAACUGGUACAGUUUACUCAUGUUCUAAUGAGAGUUCUUCAAAACUUUGAACCCAGGAACCUCUAUUAUAUGGGAACAUCUCAUGGAAUAUCUUUCAGUAGAUCAGUCAGUGCUUUCAGUUACUACACUCACAUGAUGCAGACAUCAAAUUUCAGAGGUUCAUUCAUAGUGUGGGAACAUGUAUGAGUGGUACUGUGUUUUAAGUAAAUUUUGUUGUGAAUGAAAACUUUCCUUAGCAUAAGGUCAAAGAUUACAUGUUAUAUACUUUUAAUGUCUCGGGGCAUUUUUUAAAAAGACAUUCUUCAUUUCCAUUGUAGUUUUAUUAGACAAGAUGUAUACAAAAGCCUUAUAUAUUUUAGUGAAAUGUGCAAAUAUUAUCUGACUUAUUUGCUAAAGGCUAAUAAAAUUAUGAGAAAUGAUAAAACA